AUAAAGAUGCUUUUAAGAAUGGUAAUUAUUGUCAUGGUCUUGUCUGUUAUUCCUAUUGUUUUUUCAUGCUGAUUCUCUGGGCUACCUAAAGAGGGGUAUGAUUGAGAUAAAUCUUCUCCGUAUGAAUGCGGGUUUAUCUCCGUCAAAAACCCGGGUGACUUUUCUUCCCGAUUUUUUCAUCUGGUAAUUUUGUUUUUGGUUUGGGAUGUAGAGAUUGUUUUACUGGUGCCCUGUUUUCAGGACCUGUUCGGGUGGUCUCCUGAAGGAUCUGGUGCGGUUUUAUUCGUACUUAUUUUGGUUUACGGGCUGUAUUAUGAAAUAAUGGAGGGCACUAUUAAGUGAACCUUACACGAAAACUAG